CUAAACAUUCUAUCCAACAAACAAAUUGCAGGCUUUGUAUUUAUAACCUCUGGAGAGCAUUUGAGAGGUUGGGAGUUCAAAUCUCACCACCAAAUCGGAUGGAGGAAACUUUUUUCACAUGAAUGCAAGGGAGUAAAUCUCCAAAUUCAAUAGCAAGGCAACAAUGAAAGGGCAGGGCCAAAGUUGCAUCACCCUUAAUCUGAAAAAUCACAGUCGUUUAAAGGAUUUCGACAAUGGCCCGCAUCUCAUCUCGUUCUGUUCAACUACCCUCACCAAUGGAAAAUCUAUCAACAAAAAAAAUAUUAGCAACUACAGCAUGAUGUUAUCUGUAGCAGAAAAAGCUAUAAUAGGAGCUUGUGCAGGGGGAAUAGCAGGGGCAUUUACUUAUGUAUGCCUGCAUCCACUGGACACAGUGAAGACCAAACUUCAAACGCAAGGGGCUUCGCAGGUCUACAAGAGCUCCUUCGACGUUAUCAGCAAAGUGUUGCAGAAGGAGGGCAUUGCAGGGUUGUAUAGCGGAGUGUCGGCUGUUCUGGUGGGCUCUGCUAUAUCCUCGGCCAUAUACUUUGGAACCUGUGAAUUUGGCAAGGCUAUUUUGUCUAAAUGCAAGCCAAUUGUUCCGUCAUUGGCAAUACCACCUGUUGCAGGGGCAAUGGGUAAUUUGGUGUCCUCAGCUGUGAUGGUGCCUAAGGAGUUGAUAACGCAGAGGAUGCAGGCUGGGGCACCUGGCCGCUCUUGGCAAGUUCUGUUAGCAACUAUAGAACGUGAUGGGAUUGGUGGCUUAUAUGCAGGAUAUUCUGCUACAAUCUUUAGGAAUUUGCCUACAGGCGUGCUUAGUUUCUCAUCUUUUGAGUAUCUGAAGGCUGCAGUUCUGAGCAGAAGUGAGAAACCUAACUUACAGCCAAUGGAGAGUGUAAUGUGUGGUGCACUGGCUGGGGCUAUAUCUGCACUCCUCACUACCCCUCUAGAUGUUGUCAAGACAAGGCUCAUGACUCAGGGAGUAGGAGGAAAUUUGGCCAUGUCAUCUGCUACUUAUAAAGGUUUUUUGCCCACUUUCAACAGGAUAUGGAUUGAAGAAGGGUGGAAAGGUUUGACACGAGGAGUGGGUCCUCGUGUCCUGCACAGUUCUUGCUUUGCUGCCUUAGGGUAUUUUGCAUUUGAAACAGCCAGGCUUACCAUAUUGAGACUCUACAUUGCCCGAAAGACUGCUGCCCUUGAAGGGCAGGGUAACCCUACUUGAUUACAAGCAGGUUUUUUGUUACAUUGUAACUGUAAGUGAUGAAAAGCUAUUGGAAGACCUUGCCUUGGUCUAUUGGUUAAGAACCCAAAUGCACAUACUCAAAUUUGAGUUCAAUUAUUUUUCCAGGAAGUAUUUACAUUGGGGAUCCUUCUUUCCAGCUAUAUAAUGUAUACGCUUACAGUAUCUUGGGAAAAGUUGACGAGCUUUGAAAUAUUUUCAUCUCAUUGUUGAGCGAUUCUCAGAAUAUUUUAUCUUUCACUUUGAAAUUGUAUUGUAGAAGGGAAGGAUCCCUUGAAGAAGAGAGUUUUUAUUUGCUUAAACAUUCCUUUCUCUUAGAAGUAUAUUCCAGGCAAUAACUCCAUAAGCUGGCUAGCUGUAGUGCUUUAGUGGUGAAGGUGUCGCUAAUCCACAGGUGCUACAUACAGAGGAUUUUUCACUCUACUUCUCAUCUUCAACAAGUCAGUUUCGGGUAGAGUUUGUGUGAUUAUGUUUAUUUUCUAUUUUUCAGGCUUAUUUGUGCAGUAAAAUAUUCCUGGUUAUGAAAUAUACUGCUCCUUCGUUCUUCAU